CAACAGUUUAACCUUGUACUAUAAACGCGAAAAAUAUUUGAGUAUUCAGCAUAGAUACAACUCAAAGUUUAUAUCUAUUUUCCUUGACAUGAAAACUCCCUUCAAUUUACUUCAUUCCUCCCUCACGCACCUUCUCUUCUAGUUCUGGCUAGUAACGUACUUGCUUCCUACUUGAAUAGUUGUGGAUUAAGUGAUUUUGGAGGUGAAAAGUUACGGAUUAUUAGCAACUUACAAAUGAACUCUUCUGAUUGUACAUUUACUGAAGAAACGGGAGAUGAAAUAACCAAUUUGUCUUAUGCGGAAAAACAAAUUGAACAGCAGCGCUAUCAAACAUCCGUUGAUUUACUGCUUCCCAUACAAGAAGAGACCGAUGUCAUUGCAACCAAAAUUAUUAAUUUUGUAGACAACCUUUCGUACUACGAAUUUACCGGAAGCCCUGAUAUCCUUCUAUUUCCCGAAUUGUAUAGUAAUCUCUUGCAUUCAGGAAAAGCAUUCCUUAUUUCUCGGGUGCCUUAUGGUUCUGAUGACCAAAUUUCAGUUGUUAAUGGAAAUCUACUCGUUACGUUAAGUAAAGACUCAUUUUUGCGAACAGGACUGGAUGCUCAUCCAACAUCUUCAAAGGCGAAUAAUUCUGUAUGGCUUGCUUCUUAUGACUUGAAAUCGACAUUUUUAGAACCUCAUCGAAAGGGCUUUGAAAGACUGAAAGGUGCACUGGGCAGGUUCAAUAAUCAGUGGACAUUUUUCUUGGGAAUUCCUCCAGAACACUUAGACAAAUCUUUUAUGGAUUCGCUUAGACAAUCGUUCCCGGUACCAUUGGUACAGCGGCCUUUACGUGCUGUAAGAAACGUCCGUUCAUCUGUUAUAGUUCCUCCUCCCAUAAAUUCUCUGAAAAAAGAUAGCAAGGAUGACUUGCUAGAAAAAUCUGUCGACACUCUAGAACACUUUUCCUUAUUGCUUCUGAAUGCUGAUGUUAUACAAAAAGACUAUUCACCUGAUCCUUAUAUAUGCUCCUGUAAACCUAAUUCUAAUAGUACAUCUGACAUAUUGGCUAUUUCAAUAGUGGGUCUAUUCGACUCGUCUGUUUCCAUGCAUGUUUACAAUUUACUCAGGGAAUUGGACUGGAGUUUUUGUGUCCAUCGUAAUGACCAUCUUUCGAUUCCUGAUUCUUUAGUCGUUUCCGGCAAAGCCAACCGAGCUUUGCUUUGCUUAAGCCAAAAAAAUCAAAAAUUACGCUGGACUUGGAAAAUAAUGUGAAUAACUGGUGAUAUUGGGGGAUAUCGUGUACAUUAUUCUUAACUUGCGAAUAAAAUAGCUACUUCGAUAGGCAAAUGCCAUCUUAUAUAACUUAUGAAAAAUUAAAUCUCCAGAAAAACCAUAUCCAAAAUUCAUUAUACUAACUAGCGCUAUACAUUAUUCCUUAGGAAGGAACUGCAGUGUUCCCGUGAUGUCAACUUUAGGUUCAACAUCUAUUGUAUGAAUUUCUGGUUCAUCCUGUGAUGCUUUUCCUGUUCUCAAUCUCUCCAGCAUCAAAUUGGACUCAAAUGGUUUGAUACAAGGUGAAGUAGUACCUAAUGUUAUGUGUAGUUGAGGAUUGCCGGUUUUUCCAAACCACAUGCUCUUUGAAUCAAUAUCUACUUUAAAGCACAUCACUCUUCCGUCCCAUACGAGGCUUCUCAGAGUAAAGCUAACAUGAUCGAUAACGUUGCUUCUCUUCUUUUUAAGCUGAUUAAGGUAUUGUUGCCAUAAAUCAGCCAUUUCGGGACCCAGCGUGAUUUGCGACCUGUGUAUCAUCGUCACAUGAAAAGAAUCUUGAAGGGUAUAAGAAGAAAACUGAUCAUCCCAGCUUAUACCUUUUGACCUAAUAACAUCCUUUAAUAUGGCUUUUACUUUAUCUGAAGGAAUAAAAGCUCCGAAAUAUUGAAUUUCGUUGGAAUUUCUUUCUUGUUUCUUCAAGGAGCUUUCCCCCAUAAUUUUUGUAUAAGUAGGCACAUAAUCGUUGACAGCAAAUUCUAGAGCUCGCUGAAAUUCAUCCUCAGAAGGAUAGUUGGUUAUCGAGUCAGGAAUAUGUUGUUGCAUGUAAUCAACUAUUAAGCGUGCAUUCUCCAAAGAUCCAACAUGUGGAUCCAAUUCUAUAACAUCAUCAUAACCUUCAUCAUGAGAAAAUAAUUCGGGAUCAAACGGCUUGUAUUGUUUGUAAAACAUGUCUAGAAUAGAAUUUACCUUUUCUACACCUUCCGAUACUUUGAUGGAUUGGUGACGAUCACCUCGGCUUAUUACUCGCUCUUGCACAAAAGAACGAGUACUCAAGUUUUGUACAAAAGGCAAAGCUACAUAGCGAACCCCUUCUAAUUCAGCCGAAACAUCACUUCGAAGAGCACUUCUCAUAUUCGGAAUGUGAUUGUUUCGGUCAGCGAAUACAAUCGGAUGACCAUUUUGAAACUCGUUAACAAUUGCACGUGCAAAUUUCUUAGGUCCUCCUUUACCGGAAGGGAUAUUGUCGUUCUGUACGACAGGCCAAUUGAAUAAUUUCUCCAAAAUCUUGGCAACCGUUGUUUUUCCACAACCAAUGGUAGCAAUUGGUACGAGUAAUGUGUAAGGCUUCUCAUUGCUAGACUCGACCGAAAUCGUCAUAGCGUCGAGUUUGGAGAGUAGCAAAAACUCUUCUCGCAGAGAUAUUAUUCCUUUGUUUUUAAGAUACAGAGCCUUUAAUUCAGGCUUCUCUUGGAACUUUUUUCUACAAAAAUCCACAUACUCGUUUGUAAUCUUUUUGUACUUGGCGUAAUUAAGAGGCUUGUCAUGGAUUAGCAUUUUUGUAACCUCUCUCCAUUGUCGAAACAUGCCGUAGGGCUCUUCAAACUUAUACUUGAAAAAGAAAUCAUUUGUUGAGUUGCGUUUUCCAGCUUGAGCAGUUGAAUGACAACGCACAACGAAUCCCUCAACGCUGCGGUUAUUCAACCUUCCAGUCUUUGCAGUCUCUUCCAAAAAGUGCUUCAUGUCUUCAAAUUUGUGAAUGUAAAAAGAAUCAGUUUUCAAAAAACCCCAAACCUUUGCGAAAGCGGAUACGUCUUCUGAUGACGCCGUGGUAAAUUCAGGAAUAUUCAUAUUUAGACCAUGUAAAUACAAACCACGACGAUCACCUCGAUAUGGAAGAAUGUGUUCCUCAAAAUCGUCAUCACAUAACUCUGCGACAGCUGUAGCUUGGCGCUUAAGAAGCUCCUGGGCAAGCUCUUUUUUUGAUUUACCAACCUUCUUCAGAUGAUCUUCAAGCCAUCGCUCUCCAGCUAACGCAUGGGAAACGCUUUGGCCUUCAACAGCACCAAAGGAAUGCUUACUGGUGAUGAUGAGCUCGCCGUUGGAUAAAGCACUGAUAAAAAUAAUACAACCGUUCUCCUUGACUGUCAGCUCGUAAGGCCCCUUUGUGUGUUCCCUCAGAGAGUUCCAAGUAGUGAGAGGAAUCUCAUCAAUAUUGAAAAACUUGUCAUAACCACGGAUAGCAAUCUUUUGUUCUUUCGUCCUGGGAUCCAUAUAGGUGAAUAAACCACGAGCGCAUGUUGGUAAACGUCUUUUCAAACCUGUCACACCAUCAUAUGUCUUCUUGCUGUC